UCUUAAACCCUAAAAACAAACCAGCCCCAAAUCUAAUCAAGGCUCUUCGUCACAUUCUUGUGAACACGGCAGAGAAGAGAACCUACCAGAGUGAACAUGGCUGACAGAAUCAGCACGUUGCCAGAUGAAGUCCAUUCUCACAUUCUCUCUUUUCUUCCAACCCAAAACGCCAUUACCACAAGUGUUCUCUCAAAGGGGUGGAAGCCACUAUGGCGUUCAGUUCCUACUCUCUUCUUUGACGACCAAACCUACCUCAUCAAUGACAAACCCUACGAUUCCUUUUCAAAGUUCAUAUAUAGAACCAUUCUCAACAGAGAUAUGCAGAAACCAAUCACAAGUUUUCGUCUACAAUGUGGUCAUUCCAAUUUCAACCUUUCUGAUUCCGAUGUUACUACAUGGGUCAACGCUGCAAUGCAAAGUGGAAUUGAAAAUCUGCACAUCGAGCUUCCCUCUUCUUCAGACCCUGUACGCUUAAGGUCCAGCAGCAUUUUCAGCUGCAAAACUCUGGUUGUUCUCAAGUUGAUUGCGUUAGACGUGGAUGUAUUUUCUAUUUCGGACCUUCCUUUCCUCAAAACUUUGCAUUUGGAUUAUGUUGAGUUUCGCGGACCGAAUUAUCUUAUGAAACUUCUUUCUGGGUGUCCAGUUCUUGAGGAUUUGCGUUUGACGCGUAUAUACUGUGCUGGCUCUGAUAGUCCUAGACCUAGUAAUAAGAACUUGAAAAGUUUAUCUAAGUUGGUCAGGGCAGAUAUAUUUCGCAUUGGUCCAAAUUUUGCUCUGAAAGUGAUUUGUAAUGUAGAAUUUCUUCGCAUUGACAAGUACCCUGAUGCUGAUGACAAUCCAGUUUUUCCCAAUUUAACUCAUGUGGAGCUCAUGUUCGGUACUGGUAUGAACUGGGAUUUGGUACUUGCGAUGCUCAAGAAUUGGCCAAAGCUGCAAAAGUUAUCACUUGAUAUGGUGGAAAGUGAUACUGAUAUGGUUUGGAAUUCCCCCUUUAAUGUUCCUGAGUGUCUUUUUUCACAGCUUAGGAAGUGCUCUAUUACAAAUUAUAGCGGCACAGAAAGUGAGCAGCAGUUUGCAAAAUAUAUGAUGAAGAACUCAGGAGUUUUACAGACAAUGACCAUAUGCACUGCGUGUUCCUCGAAAUUACAGGACAAAUUUGAAAUGCUAAAAGAAUUGUCCUCAUGCCCAAGAAGUUCUGCAAUAUGUGAACUUUUAUUUAAAUGAAAGUUUCUGAUAGGAGUUAGUUAGUAACUGGAAGUUGUGUCUAGAUGAUUGCAUUGGUACUUAGUUUUUACAAUAUAUUGCACCUGUUAGUUUUGGUGGUUGUGCAGGACAUGGAAUGUGUGUCUUGUGCAAUGGCUGUCCUAAAUAUUUUGAACAAAGUGAAUUGAUAUAUGUUUUGUAAUU